AUGGGAACAUGUUAAUAAUGCAAAUCGCAUAUUGAAAUAAGCAAUCUCACAAUCAUUGACUAACUUAGCAAUGAUUUUAUAGUAGUGUAAGAUGAUUAUUAGCAUCCUUUAUAUGGUUAAGUGAAUUUACUUGAAUAUAAGGAACCUAAAAAAUUUGAUUUUAAAUUAGUACAUAAAAUUAUUACAUUUGUAGAGAGAGAAGACUUUCAAUAAGCAUUACAAUAUUAUGAAGCAAAAUUUCAUGGGUUCAAUCAUCCUAACCUUUUAAUAAUACAUGGUAUCUCAUUUUAAUCUUAUUUUAGCAAUGUAAUAUAGAUAAAUAGAUCAAUUCUUUAACACCUAAUACAAAUUGUCACUCUUUUUAGAUUACUAUGAAACCACACUUGCUUAAGAAUUACUUUAUAGAAAGAAAAUAUAUUUUGAAGAAGGUGAAAUAUUAUUCUUUCUUGAUUCACUAAUUGGUAGUUAAGCAUUUCUCUAAUCUAAAGGGCAUGCAUUACAAUCAUUAAAAUUUGAUAAAAUCUAUCUCUCUAAUCUACUUAAUGGAGCCAUUGCAUUAAAAGUCUAAAAUCCAUUAUUUGAUUCAAAUGAUUAGGAGAUGGAAUUCUAGAACUUAUUUGAUAAAAUCUUAAAAGGUGAGUAAAUCAAAUUACAAGAAUACACAUACUUGAGUCCAGAAUAAUGGCAAAUGAUUCAUAAUAAAAAGUUGGAAUCUUAUGAUGUAUUUAAAAGCAAUGUAUUUGUUCUUGGUUUAGUAAAAUAUAAUAAAAUUAAUUAGAUGACCUUGGAAUUAUGUUCUGUUCGUUAAAGCAUAAACUUAUAUAAAGAUUAUAUGAUAGAUUAGAAUCUUUUAAAUGAAUAAAUAAAAAAAAUAUAAGAUCGAUAUGGAGAAGCAUUGCCUUUACUAUUGGAGGCUAUGUUACAUUAUGAUCCUAAAGUGAGAUGUGACUUUUUAUAGCUAGAUGAUCUACUUAAUUUAUCAUAAUUAUUAAAUGGUAAAAGAUUAUUUCAAAUUUGGACAAAUGAAGAUUUCUAAUAUAGUUUUGUUGAAAAGAAAGUAUAUCUAAUUUAUUAUUAGGUUCAUUUUACUACUAAAUAACAUUCACUUGUUCAUCCUGAAGUUUAAUCUCAAUUGUCUAAUUAAUCUCUAUUUCAAAAAGGUUCACACUUAUCACUUAGAUAAGUUUUAUCAAAGAAUUCAAAAGAAUCUAAAGCAUCAAGUGUAUAUUUAUUAUCUCAUUAUUAAAGUCAAUUAUAUAAAAGAGAGAAUCAUAUUCACCUUAAAUGUAAAAAAAGAAUUUAUUUAAAAAAUUUGAAACAGAAUAAGCUUCUAAAGGAGGAAGUAAGAAACUCAUUACUUAAGAUGGAUAUGGAGUUGAAUCAUUAUCCAAUGGUUUAACAUAUGAAGGUUUAUUUUAGGGUGGCAAAAAAUAAGGUUUGGGUAAGUUGAUUAAUGAUGAUAAUGAGAUUAUUUAUGAAGGAUACUUUUAUGAUAAUCAGUAAAUUUUAUAUAAAAUAUCAGAUAAGAUUUCAUCGUACAGGAGUACUUAAAAAUUAAAAUCCAUAAUAAUUAUCAACGCCAUUCAAUUAUAAAGAUUUUAAUUAGUUAGGAAAUAUGUGGAUAAAAUAUGAUGGAGAUUUCAAAUAAGGUAAAUAGGAUGGAUAUGGUUAAUUGACAUUAUCUAAUUAAGAAAUCUAUACUGGACUUUUUAAAAAUGGAUUAGUUAAUGGAUCUGGAGUAUUCAUAACUUAAAAUGGUACAAAAAUAAUAGGAAAAUGGAUUAAUAAUAUCUUUUAAGAAGAAUGA